UCUGUUUAAUGAUACCUGCCUCAAAAUCAUCCUGGUCUGACCAUUAUCUUGACUUUAAAAGAUCAUACAAUCUUCAUUCAUUUUGACAUGUCUUUUCCUUAUUAGACUAAAUAAUGAAAAAAUUCUCACCAGAUGUUAUUUCAGAAAAAUCUGCUUAACAAACAUUUUAUCUUUUGGGGCCUUAAUACUUAAUUCUCGUACGGUAGAAGAGGCCAUAGAUAUCAUGUUAACGAGGGUAAACAUUUACAGAUACAUGCACAUAAAAGUCCAGUCUAAACAUACAGGUGAACAACAGUUAUAUGUGAGGAUGUAGGCCUGAUGUGAAAAAUAUAUAACUAAAAAAGAAGUAUAAGAUACCUACCUAAAGUUUAAACAAAAGAAGAUCUUACCAUGAACAAUAAAGGUUAAGCAAGAAAAGAAGGAAAAUGCAUGGAACUAUACUUGUGACAAAAGAGGAAUUAUAUGAACUCUAGAACUUCUUCGUUCUCAUCGUGGAAUAAUGAGAACUUUAUUCAUAAUAACAUUCAAGCACUGUAUUGUUUAAAUGCUGCAGCUUUUGGAUUUUUUGUUACUAGGAUUGCAAGUAAAAGAAAUCCAUGUACAAAUAUUCCAUUUCGAACUUUCAGACUUAAUUUGUUUCAGAAAAAUUGAGAAUCUACAAUUUGUUAAUUGAUCAGAAAAUUAGAACAGUAACAUUUUCUUUAACAGAAUCAUGAGAAUACUUAAUUAUUGUAUGUUGGGUUGAGAUAAUUAAGAGAACUAAGGUGAGAACUAAGGCGUCACUAAGGUGAAGGUCGGUAAUAUUAGAAAUUAAUACUGGAUAGCCUACAAAUGAUGUUAAAAAGUAAGAAUAAGAAAAAGAUAGGGUUUUGCCUUAUCUUGGGAACUUAUAUGAUUUUUCUUUUGUUCUACGUGUACAUAUACUGGAAAGGAGCCAGAAUUGGAAAAAACAAACUAUGUAUAAAUUCAAUAGUCCCACCCGUUCUACUGAAUUUCAACGAGUGUGUUACACAUUUAGACACAUUACCCAACUUGACUGACACCCAUAUAUGGCAACAAGUGGGAAAUGCACAAAUAUGGAUAUAUUCAGCGUAUUAUGAAGAAACAUCCCACGGUGAUUUAAUACGAUUACUUGUCAUGAAAGACAGAAGGCUGAAUCGGCACUUAUCAUGUUUAAUUCAGUAUAAAGAUGGCGCUAGUGUUUGUGUGUCGAAAGGUGCUAUCUUGGAAAACAUUGAAGCGUACCAAUGGCCUGUAAAACCACAUCAGGGAGAUUUCUAUGUAUGCAAAGUGCCAAACUAUUUAAGUCAAGUGUCACAUGUGACCAUAAGCGAAAAUUGUGAUUGCUCCGACAUCACAAAUAAGGUCAAAGUUCAUCAUCAAAAGCUCGAAAGUAAAAUAGAUUUCGGUGUAUGUUUGGAAGGCGCUUUAUAUGGCAAUAUUAGUGCAGAUUUGAUCAUUGAAUCUAUCGAGUUCAAUAAAAUGAUGGGAGCUCAAAAGAUAAUCGUAUACAUCGAAUCUGUUCAAGAACACAUUAUGCCUAUUUUGCAGUAUUAUCAGAAACAAGGGAUUCUUGAAUAUAUUGAAUGGAAAACAAAAAGAUAUUUGAAAAAUUUAGAUAUAUUUUACUAUGGGCAGCCAUUACUGUUGAAUGAUUGUUUAUAUAAAAUGAAACAUCACACAAAAUAUGUGACAUUCGUCGACAUAGAUGAAUUUCUAAUGCCAUACGGAGAUGCAAAUACAUGGAAGGAUUUAAUCCAAGAAUAUAGCAAUAGGAAUUCACACACUGCUGCGUGGCUGGCCCAAAACAGUUUCUUUAUAAAACCACCGAAGAAUUUGCAAAAGAAUCCUGCCCCUAGUGUUCUCAGUCAUACAUACAGAAGUCUGGAAUAUUUCGAACCUCCCAUAAGAUCAAAAUACAUUGCAAGGGUUGACAUGAUAAAAUCAGCAGGAGUACAUAAACCUUUGAACCUACAAGUAGGAUACAAAUAUGAUAAGUUAUCCCCAGAUAUAGCCCAGCUUCACCAUAUGAAACAGGAAGCUGAGAUUGAAACGCAACAUGGCUUCAAAGAAGAUCUAUCAGCCCAAAAAUAUGCAAAAUCUCUAACUAGGGCAGUAUUAGAAGCCAAAGAAAAUAUUUCGAAGUUCAUUUAAGUCUAGUUUAUUUAUUUAUAGCAAAGCUAUUUAUUUUGCUUUAUUAAAUGAAGUCACAAAUAUGAAAAAUAUUGUCAGUGUCAAAUGCAUUAAAUUGAACAAAGUUUAUGAUCAAGAGCUUACUGUAGGUUGGGUUAAUUUGGCGCCCGCUUUAAUUUGGCGAAAUAGAAAAAACGCCAAUUUACAUAUUCGCCAAAAUUUGGAACGGAUCCCCGGGAAUUUUUUUGGGAACUUUGUCUGGUGAAUUUCAAUCACUUCCAGUUUAGUUUUUGCAAAAUCUGAAAAGGAUACAUUGAACAAACAUCAAUAAAUUAAAAUAAAUUACUAGCUAGAUUAAGUAGUUGAAUUGAAGGAAUAAGUGUGAUAUUUGUAUUUUAUUCCAGUGUAUAUGAAAGUUAUGGCUAGUGUCCGCCAAAUCAAAAAGCCGCCAAUAUGAAAAAAUGGCAAAAUUAAGUAGCGCCAAAUUAACCCAAUCUACAGUAUCUAUAACUUCAAUAUGUUACCUAUCUCAAUGUGCAUUAACAGAUGAGACAUUAUUGGGUAUAUCAUUUACUAACAGUUUUGAUCACUAUUAUUUUUGACUAUACUGAUCACAAUUCUUUUACUAUAGUCUAAGACUAAAGAUACAGCAUAUCAACGUUUUUCACCAGACAUGAGUGACUCUUCAAUAUUCGAAUAAUGUCAACUACCCAUACCCAUUCACAUAUUAUGUAUACCUGUUGAUAGUAGAUAUUUAUAUACCAUAACUUUGAACUCUGACGUUCUCAGUUCAUUAAAAGAUAUCAAAUUUUUGGAUUGGACUUUUUUAAAUGUUAGUUUUGAAACGCUUGAUAUGAAAUUUUCACUUUAGAACUUAAAAGGUAGAGUGUACUUAGAACCUCAGAAGGGAUAGGAUAUGUCUGUUAUGAAUUCGGUUCAGGAUAACGUUUAUCCCUCUGGAUUUAUAUCUCCCUUGGUCACUGCAGUCCAUCAGGAGAUACACAUACUUCCCUCUUGGGAUAAACCCUGUAUCAAAAACCUUCCAGUACAUAACCCUUAUAGCCUAUAUUGAUUAAUGUGCAAUCAACUACCUAAAUGAAUCCAAUAUAUUUAUAUUACUUAUUUCAUAUAUUUGUACUUGACAUUUAUGCACAAUGGCUUAUGAUCAAUAUAAAUGUAAUAUGAACUAAUUAAUAAAAUUGUUGCUAUUUAUUACAAAAUACUAUUCCACAUCCUCGUUGUACAGUAUGCUAAUUGAAAUAUGAUAUUCCGAUGCUUAAGAUCCUAACCUGGUCAUUUUAAAGUCAAUUAAUUUCCUUUUAAAUCAAGUGUUCUGAAAGUCUAAUCUGAAUACCACUGUGACUGGCAAAAAUUGUUCAGAAUUAUAGUAGGUGUUCACAUUUGAAGGUUUCUUUAACAUGGGACUCAACAGGAUAUUACAAAAUUUGGACAGAGAAAGUGUUCAUAUUGAGAGGUGUUCAGAUCACAGAGGUGUUCAGAUAUACAGGUUUUACUGUACUUUAAAUGAUAUCACUAAAUAUACAAGAUCACCAUGGAAACAUGAGGAUUGUGUAUAACACAUACAUAUGUACUUUGUAUUAAAUAUAAUAAAAACCUAGCAUGGUAAACAGAGUGAGUUAUAGGUUUUCAUACAAAAAGUUUUUUCCUAUGUUCAAAAUCCAGCAAAAUAUUGAUAUUUCGUAAUCCACACGACACACAUUUAUUUCUCCAUUCCCGAUCCACCAUACGUUUUUAUUCCUAUGUUUAUAGUCCACCAAACACUCGUUUAUUCCUAUGUUCUUGUAAAGUAUUUUUCAUUUUUUGAUGUCCAGUUUCCGGUGGAGCAAGGUAAUGUUUUGGAGGUUUCCCCUCUCGUAAUCUAACAAAAUAGUGGCAAUAUUUGAACUGUAUGAAACCGUAACGCAUCCUAGCAUGACGUCGUAUGCCUUUGAUAUGGAACGCUUUGCCAACAUUGGAAUCCUCUGAAAAUACAAUUAAAUAUACUCAACAUGAGGUUUUCUUAACAAGCAGGGUGACCAGUAAGAACAAUUUGCUUUUGAAAAACA